CUUCGGUUUCGAUUUGAGCGGGAUUAUGAAAAUAUUAAGUAAACAAAUAAAAUGAAGCUUGCAAGUAAUGCUAAAAACGUAGUGCCACUUAACAGAAAUAUCAAAACUCCACACUAUUUAUUGAAUAGAAAAAGAUCUUUAUCAAAAACUGUUGCUAGCCCUACAUUUUCUCUUCCAAAUGAUGUUAGAAAAGCUUUAACUGAAGUAAAACAACAUCAACAAGUUCAUAAAAGCUCCGUUGCUCACCUCAAAGCAUCAAAAUCAGUCUCAUCUUGCAACGUUAAAAAAAACUCAAGUAAAGGUUCUAAUUUAAACUUUAAAAACACCCCAUGGAGAGAUAAAACUCUUGGAAGAAAAGAAAGAUUGCAGUUAUGGUUAUCUUCAGGGCCACGCUCCUUAGAUUUGGUUAAAAAACAGCAAAUACAUAAAAAUCAAUCAAAAAUAAAUGCAAAACCUUCUAAAAAAAAAUUGAAUUUCUUAAGCAGUAAGUUUGAAGCAGUGAAUGAUAGUGCAGCAGCCAAUGGCAAAACAGAUUGCAAAACAGCAUGUGAUGAAUUUACUGGUGACUUAUUAGAACUAAAUUGUUCAAUUAAUGCUUUUGCAAAUGAGCUAGUAGACGUAUCUCCUGAGCGAAAAGUUCACUUUGAAGAUUUUAGUCCAGUAAAUUUUGAAGCAUCUACAAUAAAUUUAUGUAUAAUGGAAUCUUCAGCUUUUAAAAGAAAAAUGAAAGGCCGUUCCUGCAAAAAAGUAGUGACUCCAGUUCGUAGGUCGAUUCGACUAUCCAGUGCAAGCAUACCCGUAAACUUCCGUACUGACGAAAGAAUUCUUAAAUCACCAUCUGAAGUAAAAGUACAUUUAUUAGAAAAUAAAAUAGCGUUCAUGCCAAAUAAAAAUCUUCGAACUCCGCUAAAUAAGAUAUGGAAAAAGGAUGAGGACAAUUUGAAUCUUUCUUUUUUAUCAUAAGAACUAUAUUAAAAAGUAAUGUAUUGUAAUUGUGGAAUGCUUUUUAUUAUUUUAUUUAUAAACAGGUUUUUUAUGUACACGGUGAUCUGUUUUCUUAUAUUUGACAGUUGUAAGUGGACUAUUUUCAGUUUUUGUUCUGUUUACUAAAAAAAAAAAUUCUUUGCAUUUUUUUUCAAUGGUUUACUGUUUUAAAUUUUUUUAUUAAUUAUGUACGUAGUAUCCGAAAAAAA